UCAACCCUAACCCUGCCUAACAAACCCUGAGUGUAGUGCAGUGGAGUUGUAAAUUCAAAUCGCAUCAGUAUCCCACCACGUGUGCAAUCAGGGGCCUCCCGUUAGUGUAGUCAUACAGAUCCACCGUCAUCAUCAUCAUCAUGACGUCAUACAUCGAGGUGAACAUACACUCCGAUCAUGAGGACGAGGAAACGAUCGAUCUCGAUAACCAUCUCCAUCAGCAGUGCAGCAGCCAGCAGAGUCUUCUGCCGAGCAUCACAAACCUGUCUACUCCUCAAUCCUGCCUAUUCACCGCAAACAAAUCGUCCACCGAACAGUAUGGCAAGACGGAGAAACGAAAGCUUAUGUGGGCCACACUAUUCACCGUUGGCUUCAUGGUAAGAAAAGCCAUCCUUCCUUGAUCUUCCAUCACUCAUCCAAAGGUUGAUUGACGCAGCUUUCCCUCUUUCCAGGCAGCAGAAUUUAUCGGUGGGUACCUUUCGGGCAGCUUGGCCAUCAUGACCGAUGCAGCACACCUGCUAUCCGAUUGUAUCAGUUUUAUCAUUGCAAUCAUAUCGAUCUGGAUGUCUAACCGACCACCCGAUGCCAAAAUGUCGUUCGGUUAUCGAAGAGUGGAGGUACUCGGCGCUCUACUGUCCAUCUUUGGCAUCUGGGCACUGACCGCGGUCCUAGUGGUGCUGUCCGCCAACCGACUUAUCGCGGGUGAUUAUGAGAUCGACGCCGAUACCAUGAUAAUAGUAGCAAUUCUCGGUGUUGUUAUGAAUAUCGUUACUGCCAUUAUUCUGCAUGGUUCGUGUAGUGUACUACCUCAUGGGCAUGGCCACAGUCAUGGUGGUCACGGGCAUAGUCAUGGUGGACACGGUCACAGUCAUACACCCACUGGUAGACCACGACCGAAAACGCCACAAUCGAUGGUAGCCCGUCUGUCAUUGUCACGGUCCUGCUCCCCGGUACCGAAGCGUCUACCCCGGACGCACUCGUGCGAUGAGAAAAAGUGCGAUAAAAUGGAGCAGCUUAUCAUCCCGAACUAUCCACCGAGUCCACAGACGGCUAGUCCGCGUACUUCGCGCCACAACUCGUUCGCACUCACACCGGACAGCAUGCAGCGACCGAAUCUCGAUACGAUUCUGAACAGUGCACGGUUGAAGCUGCACAAGGAGCAUCUGCGGCAUCGAAUGAGCGUUGACGCCGGUCUCAACUCACCGGAUCUCAUUAGCUCGAGUAAGGUAAGCUAUUCGCGCAUCAGCACCGAUCACGAAUCAUCCCGGGCGCACAGUGACGAUGAGGAUCAGACGGCUCAUAGCGACACGGAGUGUUCGAUGGGUUCCGAUCACCAUCAUCACCACCUCCGGGCCGCCGAUGCGGUCGAUGAGGAUGAGAGUAGCAAUCUGAAUGUCCGUGCGGCGAUCAUACACGUGAUCGGUGAUUUUAUACAGAGCAUUGGUGUACUUUUGGCCGCCAUUGUGAUCAAAUUCGCUCCCAACCUGAAGGUGUUCGAUCCGAUCUGUACGUUCGUGUUCUCACUGAUCGUGCUCGUGACGACGGUACGCAUCUUCCGUGAUUCGAUGCGAAUACUCACCGAUGCCGUUCCCAGUGAUAUUACGCUCGAGAAGCUGUCCAGCGAACUGUCGUACAUCGAGGGCGUUAAAACGGUGCAUGAUCUCAGGGUAUGGAGCGUCUCGACCGGAUGGAAUGUGAUGACGGUACAUCUCAUGAUCGACCCUCUAGCAAAUGCGUCGGAGAUACUAACCGCGGCGAAUAAUAUCGCGAGGAAGGACUUUCGCAUCAAACACAGCACCGUGCAGAUUGAGAAGAUGCACUUUUAACAAACCGAAAAAGUGUGUGCGACUGCGGUCGUGAGCAAAAAUCGCAGCUCUCGAUCUUCUAUUUUAUGUGUA